AUGGUGGCAAGGAACUUGACCACCGCAUGCCUGCGUGUCCACCACGCCCACUGCUCAAUGCUUCCAAAACAGGCUAAAGCCCUCCGCGCAGCGCCCUCGACCUUCCAACACCAUGCCUUUUCCUCAUGCGCAACUCUGCCGAACACGCCAUCUCCCCUCCGCCCCUCGCGAGCUGUGAACCCUCCGAAUCUUUCCCUGCAGAGCUCCCGAUCUGCGUCGCGCCUCAGUCGCGCCAUCAUGCCCCGACCAGGCUCCUCCGCAGAGACAUACGUCGCCUACGGUAUGACGCAAAAGCUCUUCGAGGCGUGCUCGAACCAGGCCGACUACAGCGUCCCGCAAGUCUCGCAGAAAGGUGCCCAGGUGCCGAAGACUGAGGCCGGCGAAGAUCUCGGCGUUGGCGAAGGAUGGUGGUAUCAAGAGAUGUUCGCUGGGGAAGGGGCUAACGGCUGUCCAGAUCUGGGUCUGCCGCCGACCUUCUCGACCUGGUCGCAGGUCACCUUCCUGCACAUGUACCUCCUCACGGUGCGACUGCGGGCGCUGCCGUCGCACGAGAGUCUCCAGACGUAUUCGCGGCAUUUGAUCGACCAUUUCUCGCAUAACGCGGAGCACCGCAUGGACGUGCUGCAUGGGCUGACGAGUCGGGCGAUCCGGAAUAAGUUCCUCAAGGAUUUGUUCAUCCAGUGGCGCGGCGUAAUCGCGGCCUACGAUGAGGGGCUGGUCAAGGGGGAUGCUGUGCUGGGUGCCGCGGUGUGGAGGAACUUGUGGAAGGCGAGUCAUACGGGGCCCGAUGGCAAGGAGCUGGACUGGACUAAGGUUGCCCGCGUGGUGGCGUAUAUGCGCCGCGUCAUUCAUGAGAUGUCGCAGGUGAGCGAGGCGGAUCUGAUAUUCGAGUUGAAUCGCCGGAGCGGCGGGAAGCCUGGUAUAUUCGGGUUCUCUGAGUUGGAUAACAAGGCGGUUGAUGCGAAGCGGUGA